AUACAGUGUCCUUGUUGUUGCUCCGGCCUAAUAGUCUCUUUUAAAGCUACUAAAGACUUUAUUGAGCGUAUUCCCAAUGAUAUUCCGAUGGCUUCGGCACGUCGGGAUGAUCGUACACAAACCGGCGUGUUCACCGGGGUUCAGACGAUGUUUUUCAUGGGGAGGGGGGCGGUGGAAUCGUCCCCACCGCCCGCCUACCUGUCCUCUCAGUACGGUGACGGUGUUUCACAAGUUCCCCCUAUCCACCAGACUUAGUAUCACAACUUCACAAGCCUUCUCAACUGCGGCAAGAGUAAGGACGUUCAGUUUACAAGACGAAGCAACAUGGAGUUACCUGAAGAGACUUGUAACAGAGGGCCAGACUGUGAUGGAGAGCUUACAGAGCGGAGAGAAGACAGACACAGAACACAGGAGACUUGUACAGAGGUGGGAGGAGCUCAGACACAUUGUGGAGAAGGUACAGCAAGUGGAGACGACACAGAAGGAGUUAGUGGAGGUAGAGAAACUGUUGUCAGGUCUGGAGGAUGGGGAGACAGAGAUGAGAGACUUGGCUUUACAGGAGAAGGAGGCGUAUGAAAAUGAUAUGAAACACUUGGAGGAUGAGAUCCUGACGUUGCUGGUUCCCGCGGAUGAAGCCGAUGAGAAUGACAUCAUUCUAGAGGUGGUAGCGGGGGUCGGAGGUCAGGAGGCCAUGCUGUUCACGUCGGACAUGUUUGAGAUGUACUGUCAAUACGCUGCGUACAAGAACUGGCACAUGCAGGUUCUUACAAUGGACACUUCAACACUAGGUGGAUUAAGACAUGCCACAGCCAGUAUCAAGGGUCUGAAUGCCUACAAACUGCUGAAGCUGGAGGCUGGGGUUCACCGUGUGCAGAGGGUACCCAAGACGGAGAAGGCAGGCAGGGUGCACACCAGUACCAUGACUGUAGCAGUCUUACCUCAGCCUAAAGAGAUUGACAACACCUGGGAUAAGAGUGAGUUUAAGAUAGAGACUAAGAAAGCCAGCGGUGCAGGUGGACAACAUGUCAACAAGACAGAGAGCGCUGUAAGGAUUGUUCACAUCCCCACAGGAAUUGCGGUUGAGUGCCAGCAGGAGCGUUCCCAGCUGCGUAACCGCGCCAUCGCCAUGACGACCAUCCAGGCCAGACUGUACCAGAUGAAACUGGACCAGCAGCGAUCUCAGCAGCAGCUGGCGCGGCAGCAGCAGAUGGGAACAGCCGCGCGGUCGGAGAAGAUCCGCACAUACAACUUCACGCAGGACCGUGUGACUGACCACAGGGCGGGGGUUAACAUGUUUAACCUACAGGACUUCCUGUUGGGUGGGGACAGACUGGACGAGAUGAUCCAUACAGUACAGCAGCAUCUACAUAGAGAAGAAGUGCUGCUUAUCAUGGAGCAGGAUAGUAAACAACAACACAAGUCAUAAUGAUGGGUGGGGACAGACUGGACGAGAUGAUCCAUACAGUACAGCAGCAUCUACAUAGAGAAGAAGUGCUGCUUAUCAUGCAGCAGGAUAGUAAACAACAA